GCUGGAAGUAGCAAACUUGGUUACCUAGGAUCGUCCCACCAUAUUUCAGUUCCUGUGUACAAUGUUCUGGUUCUGCUUAUUUCACUCCGUUUCAGUUCCUGGAGGCCCUUCCAGUUUGCUGUGCCUCUUUUCAUACUCUAACGGUACCUUGGGGAAACGAGAUGGCCCAAUGGAUGGAGCAAUUCGGUCUCACACACUGGCUGUGUGACCCUGGGCAAGUCAUUUAACCCUGUUUGCCUCAGUUUCCUCAUGGGUAAAAUGAGCUGGAGAAGGAAGUGAGUGGCAAAACCACUCCAGUAUCUUUGCCAAGAAAAUCCCAAAUAGGGUCGUGAAGAGUCAGACCCAAGUGAACACCUGCACCACCACCGCCGCUGCCGCCACGCUAGGGCUGCCUUGACUCGUCCUCUUUUUGCAGGGCUUUGGGAAGCCCCACGUCUUCUUCGGACAAACUUCUUUCAGUCGGAUCUCCUCGAUUUGAUACUUGUGAAUAUGGUCUGCACGAUCCGGCUCUCUCUGGGCCGGCCUCCGCCGAAGCCGCCGAAGCCGCCGUAACUGCCGUACUGGGGGUCUAAGCUUCGGGGUCUUGCACAGUCAGCCUUUGCGUCCCGACGUCCUUGGCGGCAUUGACACCCUGUGCCGCCAGGACAUUCCACGUCCUGCGGUCCCCCUCCAGCAGGAACGUUCUGUGUUCCAUGUUCCGAGAGUCUUCCCGGUUCUGACCGUCGGUGCCAGUGUUCUAAGGUUCUGCCCAGCUCCUGGGCACGGGCAUGGAGGAGAAGGGGAAAGGGAACUCAGCCCAGCCCCUUGCCUGGGUCCUCCCCGGCACUAGGGGGUGCUGCAGGCGCCCAGGAGCCUGGCCUCCUGGAACCUGCCCUGGGUCCUCCCCGGCACUAGGGGCUGCUGCAGACGCCUGCUCCCUUUUUGUCCCCGGCUGGCUCUGUGGCCACCUGCCCCAAAGCACUGCUAGAGGGAGGCUGCCUGCCAUUAUAGCUCCUGGGCCCAUGGACCAAGCCACCACUGGGGUGGAUCUGCGGGCCAGCCUCGUUGGGGAGGAACCGGGGACCCUGGAAACUCCCCCAGGCUCGGCCCAGCCCCCCCAGGCCAAGAGGCGCCUGAGAGUGGGCGGCUGGAACAGCACCCCUCUACUGCUGCUGUUGGUGGUGCUGCUUCCCACAAGAUCCCAUGAAAAUGACCACCUUAAUCAAGUGUGUGGGAUGCGCAGACUGAACGAGAGACCCCCAAACAAUGAGAGCUCCUGGGAGGGGAAGUGGCCUUGGCAAGUGAGCAUCCAGUACGGGAAGCGCCACCUGUGUGGGGGCACCCUCAUUGACUCCCAGUGGGUGCUCACGGCGGCCCACUGCUUCCAGAUAACCACUGAUCCAACUGCCUAUCACAUUUUAGUGGGCUACCACAAGCUCUAUGAGAAAGGUCCCAAGUCACACAGGGUGAGAGUGAAAAGGAUUAUCAGGCACCCAUAUUUUGGAAAGACUCACCUCUUUAAAAGUGAUCUUGCCGUGAUUUUCCUGGAGCCUCCAGUGACAUUCUCUCAGUAUGCUGUGCCCAUCUGUAUGCCAAGGCCAGACCUGAAUUUUGAAGAAAAGUUGUCUUGCUGGAUGACAGGCUGGGGAGGAAUUGCCAACACAGUGUUACUGUCCAAGCCCUUCUCUCUCCAGGAGGUUGAACUUCCUUUAAUUUCGAAUCUUCAGUGCAAUUCCCUUUCUGCAUUUAUGGUGAAUCCCAAGACUAACGAAACAAUAUAUGAGAUCGAAGAUGACAUGCUGUGUGCUGGAACGUCAGUAAUCCCAACCCUAUCUGCCCGGGAGAUGUGGGGAGCCCCCUGGUCUGUGACUUCGCCGACGUCUGGACGCAGGUGGCCGUGGUGAGCUGGAGCACGCAGUGCUCCCCCAAUCACCUGACCGUCUUCACCAGGCUCAUCCCUUAUCUGGAGUGGAUAGAAGAAACCAAGAAAUCGAUUCAGACAGAGAGUGACCGGAGCCAGGAGAGAGCGGCCAGCCCGCAGUGGCCGGCCUCGUCCUCGGGCACCCCCACGUCCUUCCCCGCCCCGCCGGGCCCGCUGCGCCUCAGCCUCCUGCCCUGGCUGCUCUGGCUGCCCCUGGCCCCCUGAAGGCUGCUGCCCUCCUGCCCCGGCUGGCUGUCCUACUCAUCUUCUCUUGCCUUCCCUCGGCCUGCCCUCCCUUCCUCGCGGCACCCCGUCCCCCCUCACCGUGGGACAGGCAGAUUGGCCCCAAGGGCGCCGGGCCUGGUGUGGGGGGGCAGCAGCGGGGCCUGGGGGAGGGGCUGCAAUGCCUGGGCUGGGGGUGGGCAGGGAAGGGGAGGGUACGAGCUGGCUUUAUGGGCCUGAGAGCCACGGGGGGCUGGGAACAGACUGUCCUCGAGCGCUGAGAAAGCUCCAGUGAUUUCAUUAAACUGUUAUGACGAAAA